AUGUCACAGCUAUACAAGUGCACGGAGGACAGUGACAAUAAGAACCUGAAAACCAGCGAACGGUUGUCCAUCAGGACACGUUUCUCAGCCUUGGCAUCGUUGACGUUCAAGGAUCGGCAAUUCUUUAAGGAAGUAAAAGAGCUGAGCACCAAUUUGAAAGUGCAGCUGGAGGAUACAAAGUCAAGUCCCACCUCUGAGAACUGGGUGGCUUUGGAUGUCGUGCACCCGGUGCGCGUGGACGCAGGGGGCUCCUUCCUGUCCUAUGAGCUGUGGCCGCGCACCCUGCGCAAGCGGGACUUGUUCGCGCAGCCCAGCGCUCCAGCCUUCUAUGAACUGCUGUACCAGGGACGAGAGCUGCGCUUCAACCUGAGCACCAAUCCGCACCUGCUGGCACCAGGCUUCGUCACGGAGAUACGGCGGGGCGGGGGCCCGGGCCGCGCGCACAUCCGGGCCCAUACACCUGCCUGCCACCUGCUUGGUGAGGUGCAGGACCCCGAGCUGGAGGGUGGCCUGGCAGCCAUCAGUGCGUGCCAUGGACUGAAAGGUGUGUUCCAGCUCUCUCGUGAGGACUACUUCAUUGAGCCUCUGGACAGUGUCCCCUCCCGGCCUGGCCAGGCGCAGCCCCAUGUGGUAUACAAGCGCCAAGCAUCUGAGAGAUGGGGAGAACAGGGUGCCUUCCAGACUCUAGGCACCUGCGGGGUGCAAGCAUCCCCGGGGCUGAAGUCUUGGCAGGAGCUCUGGGAGCAGAGGCAGCAGCGGCCGGGGCGUCGGCGUCGGCAGCAGCAGUCGUUCAGCAAGGAGAGGUGGGUGGAGACCCUUGUGGUGGCCGACACCAAGAUGGUGGAAUACCAUGGGCAGCCGGAUGUGGAGAACUACGUGUUGACCAUCAUGAACAUGGUGACUGGCCUGUUCCAUGACCCGAGCAUCGGGAACCCCAUCCACAUCACCCUCGUGCGCCUGCUCCUACUGGAAGAGGAGGAGGAGGACCUGAAGGUCACACACCACGCAGACAACACGCUGAGCAGCUUCUGCAAGUGGCAGCAGAGCAUCAACCCAAAGGGGGACGUCCACCCCUUGCACCACGACACCGCCGUCCUGCUGACCAGGAAGGACCUGUGCUCAGCCAUGAACCAGCCCUGCGAGACCGUGGGCCUGUCCCACGUGUCAGGCAUGUGCAAUCCGCACCGCAGCUGCAGCAUCAACGAGGACACUGGCCUGCCCCUGGCCUACACCGUGGCCCAUGAGCUCGGGCACAGUUUGGGCAUGCAGCAUGACGGCAACGGCAAUGAGUGUGAGCCCUUUGGGAAUCGGCCUUUCAUGAUGUCUCCACAGCUCCUGUACAACGCCAGUCCCCUCACCUGGUCCCACUGCAGCCGCCAGUACUUAACCAGGUUCCUCGACCGAGGAUGGGGCCUGUGCCUGGAUGACCCGCCCUCCCAGAACAUCCUGGACUUCCCCAUGGUGCUGCCCGGUGUCCUCUAUGACGUGAGCCACCAGUGCCGCCUGCAGUAUGGGGAUACCUCCUCCUUCUGUUCCGACAUGGAUAGUGUCUGCCACACUCUCUGGUGCACCGUGGGGCAGACCUGCCACUCCAAGCUGGACGCAGCCGUGGACGGCACCAAGUGCGGGGACAACAAGUGGUGUCUCAAUGGAGAGUGUGUUCCCGCGGACUUCCAGCCCGAGGCCGUGGAUGGCGGCUGGUCAGGCUGGAGUGCCUGGUCCCUCUGCUCCCGGAGCUGUGGUGUGGGUGUGCAGAGCGCCGAGAGGCAGUGCUCGCAGCCUGUACCCAAGUACAAGGGCAGAUACUGCGUGGGCGUGUGGAAGCGCACCCGGCUGUGCAACCUGCAGGCCUGUCCGCCCGGCCACCCCUCCUUCCGCCAGGUGCAGUGCAGCCAAUUUGACUCUAUCCUCUACAAGGGCCAGCUGCACACCUGGGUGCCCGUGUUCUCUAAUGUGAGUCCCUGCGAGCUGCACUGCCGGCCCUCGAGCGAGCAGUUCAUGGAAAAGAUGCGUGACGCUGUGAUUGAUGGCACCCCCUGCUACCAGGACCAGGAGAGCCGGGACCUGUGCAUCAACGGCAUCUGCAAGAACGUGGGCUGCGACUUCCAGAUCGACUCUGGCGCCACGGAGGACCGCUGCGGCAUGUGCCAGGGCAACGGCUCCACCUGCCACACCGUGAGCAAGACCUUCCAGAAGGCGGAGGGUCUGGGGUAUGUGGAUGUGGGGCUGAUUCCAGCAGGGGCACGUGAGAUCCGCAUCGAGGAGCUGGCUGAGUCAGCCAACUUCCUGGCCCUGCGGAGCGAGGAGGACCCGGAGAAGUACUUCCUCAAUGGGGGCUGGCUUAUCCAGUCGGACGGGGACUACAAGGUGGCCGGCACCACCUUCACGUACGCGCGCAUGGGCAACUUGGAGAAUCUCACGUCCCCAGGCCCCACCGCCGAGCCCGUGUGGAUCCAGCUCCUGUUCCAGGAGAGUAACCCCGGCGUGCACUACCAGUACACCAUCCACAGGGAGGCCUACGGCCCUGGCCACACCCCGAUCCCUGAAUUUUCCUGGCGCUAUGGGCCCUGGGGCAAGUGCACAGUCACCUGCGGAACAGGCAUGCAGAGGCAGAGCGUGCACUGCACUGAGCGGCUCACAGGCCUUGUGGACGAGGGACACUGUGACCCCCGGGACCGCCCCGAUGACCGCCAGAGGAGGUGUAAUGAGAACCUGUGUCCGGCUCGGUGGUGGGUAGGUGAGUGGCAGCCGUGUUCCCGCUCCUGCGGGCCCAGGGGCCUCUCCCUGCGGACGGUGCUGUGCAUCCGUAGUGUGGCGCUGGACGAGCAGGUAGCCCUGGAGCCACAGGCCUGCGCACACCUCUCGAGGCCCCCCACCGAGACCGCCUGCAACCAGAAUGUUGUCUGCCCUGCCACCUGGGCUGUGGGGAACUGGUCUCAGUGCCCGGUGACCUGUGGGGUGGGCACUCGCCACCGAAUCGUCCUCUGUAUCGGUGACACUGGGGUACCCUGUGAAGAGGCCCAGCGGCCACCACGUGAGGAGGUCUGCUCUCUGCCGUCCUGCCCUCUGCCCGUGGACAAGCUGAACCUGGAAGGAUCGGGCAGUGGUGCCUCCAGCCAGGUCUUCAGUGAGGUGGACUUCGACCCCAUGCAUAUGACCCUACACCCUGUGUCCCCACUGCCCCCUGAGCCGGGCCCCCUGUCCCAUGCCAUUGAGGAGGAGCCCCUGGAGCCGGUCUCUGCAGGGCCUGUGUUUGUUGAUGACUUCUACUACGAUUACAACUUCAUUAACUUCCAUGAGGACCUGUCAGACAGGCUCCCUGAAGAGCUGGACCCAGACCUGGUGGACACAGGUGAGUGCCCACCCCUGAGCAGUUUGCUGAGCUCGCUGGCAGCUGGGAGCACCCCCAUUUCUUCCAAGGAGCCUCCUGGGGCCGGGGAGGAGGGAGGACGGGGCAGCUGGUCCCCUGCCCCAUGACCCAGCCAGGCAGGCUCCUCCCUGUCCCCGCCCUUAGAGCUGGCCCCCGGAAGUUCUUUGGCCAGUUUCUUGUCUGAGAAGGAUGCCCCCAUUGCCCCGGAUCUUGGGCUCCCUAGCUGGCCCUGGCACCUGGCUGCCCCUGGGAAGCAAAGCAAGUUCCUGGGCAGGGAGGAUCCCAAUGAGGUUUCUGAGGAUGAGGAGGAGGCCUUCAGCCCCAGAGCACCACCUGCUCUGCCAAGACUCCAUCCCACACCGGCCCCUGGGCCCUCUCCUACCACCCACCCCUCUCCCAGUCCCACUGUGGUGGGGCGGUGGACACAAGGGACCAUGGCCUGGGACCCAGCUCCAGAGGGUGGCCUGGAGCCGGUGGACAGUGGCUCACCACCGUGGCUCCCCUUCCCCUGCCUUCCUCACGCUGUGUCACGGAGCUCCCUGGAGCUAGGGGUUCCCAUCCCCCCUUCAGCCCCAGCACUGGAGCUACAGACACCGGCAGUUCCUGGGACCUUCCUUCCGAUGGCCUGGCCUGGCCUAGAGCGGACUUCCUGGGUGACCACGUUGAGCCCAAGAGCCUUGGGCCCGCCCGAGCCCCCCAGUCCUGAGGUAGUCCUGAGCACCAGGCUGCCGGCCAUGCCAGCACAGACUGGACCCAGCAGCAGCAGCAGCAGCACCCCUGCAGCCUGGCCUCUGGAACUCCACCCCGAUGAGCAGGGGCCCCCUGUGGGCCUGCCAGCCUCCAAGAAUGCCAGCUGGCAAGUGGGGAACUGGAGUCAGUGCUCCACCACCUGCGGCCUUGGUGCCGUCUGGAGGCCCGUGCGCUGCAGCUCUGGCCGGGAAGAGGACUGCGCCCCUGCUGGCCGGCCCCAGCCCGCCCGCCACUGCCACCUGCGGCCCUGUGCCGGGUGGCACACAGGCAACUGGAGCAAGUGUUCCCGAAGCUGUGGCAGUGGCUCCUCAGUGCGGGAUGUGCAGUGUGUGGACACAAGGGACCUUCGGCCACUUCGGCCCUUCCACUGCCAGCUUGGGCCUGCCAAGCCGCCCGCCCGGCAACUCUGCGGCACUCAGGACUGCCUCAGCUGGUACACCUCCUCCUGGAGGGAGUGCUCCGAGCCCUGUGGUGGGGGAGAACAGCAGCGCCUGGUGACGUGCCCAGAGGCGGGCCUCUGUGAGGAGGUGCUGAGACCCAACGCCACUCGACCCUGCAACACCCACCCCUGUACCCAGUGGGUGGUGGGUCCUUGGGGCCAGUGUUCAGCCCCUUGUGGUGGUGGCGUCCAGCGGCGCCUGGUCAAGUGCGUCAACACCCGGACGAGACUGCUGGAGGACAGCGACCAGUGUAGCCAUGAGGCCUGGCCGGAGAGCACCCAGCCGUGCAGCACCCAGGACUGUAAGCUCCCAGAGCCCCCACGCUGUGAGCGCGAUCGCCCGUCCUUCACUUUCUGUGAGACGCUACGCCUCCUCGGCCGCUGCCACCUACCCACCGUCCGCAGCCAGUGCUGCAGCUCCUGCCCUCCGCCUGGCCGCGGCCACCAGCGGGUGGCCCACCACUGA